GCGGGUGCCGGUGUCGCUCUCGCUGCGGCCCGGCUGCGGCAGCGGUGUCGGAGCGGGGCCCGGUCCGGCCCGGCCCGGUUCGGUCCGGUUGUGUCCGGUUGAAUCCGGUUCCAGCCGGCGCCUCCCCUCCCCUCCCCUCAGCGUCCCGCCAUGGCGCUGCUGCGCGCGGCCGCGCUGCCGGCCGAGGGGUCCCCGGCCUGGCUGCCCACCCAUGUCCAGGUGACGGUGGUGCGGGCCCGCGGGCUGAGGUGCAAGAGCGGCGGCAAGGCGGGCACCAGCGACGCGUACACCGUGAUCCAGCUGGGCCGCGAGAGGUACAGCACCUCGGUGGCCGAGAAGAGCACCGGGAGCCCCGAAUGGCGCGAGGAGUGCGCCUUCGAGCUGCCCGCCGAGCCCGCGGCCUGCCCCGGCCUGCUGCUCACCGUCAUGCACCGGGCCCUGGUGGGCAUGGACCGCUUCCUCGGGCAGGCCCUGGUGCCGCUGGAGCCCGCCCUGCAGCAGCGCCGAGCGCCCGACGAGCGGUGGCACAAGCUCCACUCCAAGGCCGGGAAGAAGGAGAAGGAACGUGGCGAGAUCCUGGUGUGCAUCCAGUUUACACGCAACAACAUCACAGCCAGCAUGUUCGACCUGUCCAUGAAGGACAAGCCCCGGUCACCCUUUGGCAAGCUGAAGGACAAGGUGAAAGGCAAGAAGAAAUACGACUUGGAGUCAGCCUCUGCCAUCAUCCCCAGCAGCAUGGGCGGCCUGGACAUGGAGGAUGACUAUGACAUUGGGGGCAAGAAAUCCAAAGUGAAGGGCUUCUUCCUGAAGAACAAGCUCCGCAAGUCAUCCUUGACUCAAUCCAACACCUCCCUGGGAUCCGACAGCACCAUCUCCUCUGCCAGCCUGGGGCUGGCCUCGAAUGUUCCGGAGGUAACCAGAUCCCCCAGCAGACACAGCAGUGUGUCCAUGGAGCGCUCAGUGAAAGACCUGUUGCCAUCUCCAAAGCUGACCCACAAGAGAGCAUUCAGUGACGAUGUCUCCCAGGUGAGCCCGGUCCUGGAGCCCAAAGCAAUCCAAAGCCCGAAGCCAAAGAACGAUCCCGUGUCCCGCUCUUCCCUCUGCAUCAACGGGAGCCACGUUUACAGCGACGAGCCUGCACCAAAGAGCCCCGUGUGUGUCCCGCAGAGCUCCAGCAUUCCCAAGGGGCAGGAGGAGGGCUUCGGCUUUGCUCCCCUCCAUCCCGAGCCCCAGGAGGUGCCUUGGGGGGUCAGCAGCUUUGAGAGGACCCAGCAGAGAGACGAGCCCAGGUUCAUCCCAUCUCCUCCCAGCUUGGCCCUGCAGGAGGAGCUCAGGGUCUCCACAAAAGCUGUCACCCUCAGUAACCACCUGGGCAGAGCCAGGAUGGAGGAGAGCAGCCGCAUGGAGAACAAACCAACCCAGGCUGCAGCUCCCAUGGUCUUCUCCACGGACACAGCGAAGGACAAGCAAGCUGAGGACGCCAAGAAGGAAGACAGGAAAGCAAAGGGUGGCCUCUUCCACCACGGGGGCAAUAAGAACGACACCGGGAGCAAGGGGCAAGGGGAGAAAGUGGGAUCUUCCCAUGGCUCGUCCAUCCACGCAGGAGGAGAUGAGAGGAGUAAGAGCAGCAGCUGGUUUGGUUCAAAGGAGUCUCCUCAGAAACCCAGUCCUCACCCAGUGAAACCCAUCAGCGCUGCGGUGCAGGAGGUCUCCAGUGAGAAGAAGCAGCAGCACAGGUCCAGCCUGACCACUGCUCUGAGCAAUGGGCUGGAGAAGCUGAAGACGGUCACCACGAGCAGCGUCCAGCCUGUGGCCCCGUCCUCCCACCCAGAGAAGGCAGACACCAAGAAGGAUCCCACCGUUCUGGACCAAUCAGCCAAGUAUUAUCACUUGACCCACGAUGAACUCAUCGAGCUCCUGCUGCAGAAGGAGAAGGAGCUGAGCAAGAAGGAGGAGCACAUCCAUGAACUGGAGAACUACAUUGACCAGCUGCUGGUCCGCAUCAUGGAACAGUCCCCAACGCUCCUCCAGAUCCCACUGGGAGAAAACAAGACCAAGUAACCUCUCCCCAGAGACCAGCACUCCUCCAAUAAACACGCUGCAAACAUCCCUGCA